UCUGUUGUUAUAGUUCACUUCACAGGCUACCUCAAGUCAUGGCCGCCAUCUGGAGUCACUAUGGAAGAAGAGGACGAAGAUCAGGAUUCCAAAAAUCUCAGCUGCCUGAUUGCAGUUGGCAGAGAAGUUGCUGUAGCUGAUAUGGACACAAAGUUUGAUAAYCAGACUUUCCCAACAGAAUUUGUCUCUCGCCAUAGCAUUGAUGGAAAAUUUAUUUACGUGGAUCAAAGGGUGUUGCCAAUCUGUGGUUAUCUUCCUCAAGAGAUGGUUGGUUCUUCAGCUUAUGACUAUUUUCAUCCUCAAGAUCUCUACAAAAUUGCUCAGACACAUAAAAACACUGUCACCAACUCUGAUUCCUAUACUGUAGCUUACAGAUUCAUGUGCAAACCAGGUCAUUACAUUUGGCUAAAAUCUAAAUCAACUAACUUCAGAAAUCCAUGGACAAAAGAUCUCGAGUUUAUAAUAUGUGUGAACGAARUAGAUCUAAGCAAACCCAAUCCUAUCGUGACGUCCAACGUACAAGCAGGCAUCACACAUCAAAGACCAAUUCUUCCAGCCCAAAGCUCUCACGUGCAAAACGCUGAUAUGGUGCCUGGCGACUCGGAGCACAGCCGCAAGACUGUCCGUAAAGUCAUAGAAACGCUCCAGGAGGACCAAGGUCAUGUUGAUAUGAAACGCUCCCGAACUAAGAUGGAUGAUGUAGACGAUCAAGCGAGUUCUACGGAGGCAGCACAGAUUGGGUCGAUUAUUGCAGAAAUGGGCCAAGACCGCAUUAAUCCAAACAUARCGCCACAUUCCUUGCUUGGACCCCAAGCACCAAACCCAAAUAUGGUGUCAAACGAAAUGUCCAAUCGGCAGCGAAUGAACCCAGGCCCAUCGACAUCAAGCUUACAACACCUUGGCGAAUCAAGCUCGGCUGUUGGGGGUCCUAUGUUUUCAAUGUUCCCAGCCAUGAACAGUCCAGGAAUGCCCGAAAUGUCGCAACCACAUUUGGUCGAGCAGUUGAUUGGCAUGCAACAGGCGAUMGAGUCCAUGGAGCGUCCCGGCAUGCAUCAGAAUGAAGAGACAAUGGCCAUGUUUAUGAAUAUGCUUGAGGCUGAUGCGGGGCUCGGUGGCGACUUGAAUGAUAUCUUAUUCGAAAGUAAUUAAAUUGCUUAUUUAUAUUUACUGUAGACGGGUUGUUUGCUUGGCAGUUUGGCUGCUGAAUGUUUUUGUGACAAAUGGAUUGGUUAGUGGAUUUGUUGGUUGGUAGGUUGGUAGGUUGGUUGACUGGUUGGUUUGUUUGGCUGAUCUGUUGGUUGUUUGGUUGUUUGGUUGGUUGGUUGUUUGGUCGGUUGGUUGGUUGGGCUAUAGGUUGGUGUGGCCGUUCAUUGGUUGGGUUGUUUGGUUGGUUGGUUGUUUGGUCGGUUGGUUGGUUGGGCUAUAGGUUGAUGUGGCCGUUCAUUGGUUGGGUUGUUUGGUUGGUUAUUGGAUUGUGUGGUUUGUUGUUUGGUCUGUGGAUUGUUUAGUUGGGUGGCGGGUUGGUUGGUUGGUUGGUAUGUUAAUUAGUUUGUUGUUUAGGUGGUUGGUGUGCUGAUUGGUUCGUUAGUUAACGGCCACUCCCAUACAUUGUACAUACUCCCUUGCUCAAACAUCCACUAUAAAUUGUCGGCCAAUAAUAAUCAAUAAUAAUAAUAAUAAUAAUCUCGGCCCAGACAGCAUAUCUGGGUUUUUAGUGUAAAAUAGGCAUUUAGAUUAUGAAUUAUACAAAAUAUAAUAGAUAGAAUUAUAACCGAUUAAGAUUGAAGUUCAGAAACUAUGUAGAUGUUUUGGUAAUGCACCUUUUGUCGCUUUCGCGAUUGUUUUGACUAAAAUGUACGCCAUACAUCUUUGAAACACGUGAUAGAGUGGAGUUAAAGCACGUUAAAUCCGUGCAGUUGUACGAAAUUAAAAGGKCGCAAAAUCACGAAUUCUGUAGCUAGAACGGAGCAUAUUUUGAGUGACUUGUUCUUGAACCAUUUACUAAACUGCACAACAUGGACAAACAAAGAAAUUCGCAUAAUUCAGUACAAUUUAUCACUACUUUUAAUUACAAUUUAGCAAUACUUUUAAUUAAAAUUACUAGUAAACGUUUUCAUAGUUUUAGUGUUUGCACUUUAGUUGGUACUUCGUAGUGUUGUUUCACGGGUACAUGGCGUGCACUUUAAUUUAUUUGAUUUUCAUCGUUGGUUUUAAAGUCUUCAGUCUGAACACUUGUACAUAUGAAUAUAGGAUUAUUGCUAUGAAAAUUAAUAAAAUAUUCCAUAUACUC